CCGACUCUCCCCGUUGUCGGGGUAACGCAAAGCAUCGCGGAGCGAGUGCGGCCUGCGGCGGGCUCUACGCGCAGCAGCCCGCGGCGUGUCGGCCGGCUCUUCAUGGUUGUAUCUGGGCCCGGCCCGCGACAGAGGGGUUGAUCGCGGUCAGCCGGAGGUGUGCAGUCUGAGACAGCUCCUGUUUUUAUGGCUGUGUACGUGGAUCAUCGAACAGAUGCUCCUGAUUCUGUUGCCUCCCCUUCCCAUAUAGCAUGGCACCCACUUCAUCCACUCCUGGCAGUUGCUUCCAUCAGCACAGCAGGUGGGGGCUGUGUGGAUAUCUACCUGGAACAGGGAGAACAUGUGCCUGAUUGCCAUGCUGAGAGAAGCUUUCAGGUCACAUUACUUGCCUGGCACCCUUCCAGACCCAUUCUGGCAUCAGGAUGGGAGACAGGAGGAGUUCUGAUACUGAACAAACAAGACAAGGAGCAGCACACUGUACCCCCAAAUCACAGCGUCAAAAUCACAGUCCUGAGCUGGAGUACAAGUGGUACCUGCCUUGUGUCUGGGGAUGGGCACGGUGUCUUGUGUCUGUGGAAAAUGGACCAUCGGGGCAGAGUGCAGGGUCCUGCCCUGGUUAAGCAGGAGUAUGGGAAAUGCUUGUGGCACUGUGUCUUUUGGCCACCCCCUCCUAGUGAGGACUUUGUACAGCUGGCAAAAGCAGCUGUGAGUGGUGAUGAGAAAGCCUUGGAUAUGUUUAACUGGAAGAAAGCUGGAAUAGGACCACCUCUGAAAACAGCAGUCCAGGAAGGACUCUCCUUCUUUAUCACUUUGGCAGAUGGUUCUGUGCACUAUGUGAAUGAGAAAGGGAAGACAAGGCAGAUAUUGUCUACGGACAGUCUGGUCCGAAAGCUCCUGUUGCUAGAGGAAAGAGAUGUUUUACUUGUAAUAACAGAGACUCUGCAGUUGUCUUUACAUGCAGUUUCUCCCGAGGGAGAAGCAGAAGAGCUCAUGAAGGUGAAGUUGAGUGGGAAGACUGGUCAUUCUGCAGACAUGAUUCUAGUAGACCAUAGCCUGGUUGUUACAGCACUAGGUGAGACAGUCAUCAGGUUCUGGGAUUUGGAUCAAGACGAGAACUAUGUGCUCUCCCUAGAUAUGCAAUUUGGCUUUGAGGGGGGAGAAUGUAUUAACUGUGUCUCUUACUGCAGUGCUAAAGGUAUCUUGGCAGCUGGAACUAGCAAGGGGAGAGUAGCAAUGUGGAAGAAAGCAGCAGGAUCUUGUCAGAGCACAUGGGCUUCUGAAGGCAAGGUGAAGUGGAAGUUCCAAGCAUCUACAGAACUUGAAGGAAAUGUCACUCAGAUAAAGUGGGGGUCCCGAAAAAACCUGCUGGCAGUGAACAACAUCAGCUCUGUGGUGAUCCUCAGUGAGCAGGCCAUGUUGGCACACUUUCAUCAGCAGGUGGCCGUGGUACAGGUGUCUCCCAACCUCUUCAAUGUCACGAUCUUCAGCACAGGAACCACUCACAGCCUUCGUGUUGACAUGAAUGCUAGUGGAGUCUUUGCUACUCAGGAUGCUGUAGUAUUCUGGAAUGGGAAGCAAGUGGCUGUCUUUGAGUGCUCAGGAGAUACCUUCAGAAGUGCAGGCUCUUUCCUUUGUGACUCUCCUGUUCUGUGUGUUCAUGGAGAAAAUCUGUACACAGUGGAGCCAUAUCGGAUCCAGGUCCGCACCUGGCAGGGCACAGUUAAACAGCUGCUCGUGUUCUCUGAGGCAGAGGGGAAUCCGUGCCUCCUGGAUGUCUGUGGGAAUUUCCUGGCUGUGGGAACUGAUCUGGCUCACUUGAAAAUCUUUGAUCUCUCACGCAGAGAGGCAAAAGUGCACUGCAACAGCAAGAGUUUAUCCAAGCUGCUUCCUGGCCAUGGAGACAUUUUGUCUGUGAAGUGCAAUGCUAAUGGCAGCAAAGUCAGCAUCCUUGUCAGCAGGGUGGAUGGGAACAUUGAUUCCAAGAUCUGUUUCUUUGAUGUUGAAAUGGACCAAGUUACGCUCUUUGAUUUCAAGGCUGAACGGGGAGAUGGUAGAGAGAGCCUUUCUGCUGGACAAAGCAUUGGCAAGUUUGUAGUGGAGUAUCCAGAGUUGCGCAGUCACAUCCCCGCUUGCCAUUUCUGGGACCAGAGUGAACCAAGACUUUUUGUAUGUGAAGUAAUUCCUGAAACAGGCCUCCAACCUCCAGACCAAAAGAAAAUCCAGGCUGAGGGCACAAUGGAUGUUUGGAUUAUAUCAUUCUUCAGCACUGAAGAGCAUGGCCUCUUGCUGCAGGACAGCUUUGCAUUGCCUUCAUCCUACCAGCUUCUUCUUGGCAUAGAGGUGCCACAUUAUUACUUCGCAAAAAAGCUGGGAGAAGCUGAGAAGGGAGCAUCAGAGUCUGGCUCAGGAACAGUCUCUCAGAUGGCUGCAAGAAGACCCAUGAGAGAUUUCACUGGGCUGGGAGACUGUGAUAAGACCACCCAGGAUGCCAUGCUGAACUUCAGCUACUAUCUCACUGCUGGAGACAUGGACGAGGCCUUCAAAUCCAUCAAGCUGAUAAAAAGUGAGGCUGUCUGGGAGAACAUGGCUCGCAUGUGUGUGAAGACUCAGAGGCUCGAUGUUGCCAAAGUUUGCCUGGGGCACAUGGGCCAUGCCAGAGGAGCCAAGGCACUGCGGGAGGCUGAGCAAGAGCCAGAGCAGAAGGCCAGGGUGGCUGUGCUGGCCAUCCAGCUGGGCAUGCUGGAGGACGCAGAGCAGCUGUACAAGGAUUGCAGACGCUAUGACCUCUUGAACAAGUUCUACCAGGCCUCCAACCAGUGGCAGAAAGCCAUCGAGACGGCCGAGGCUCACGACCGGGUUCACCUGCGCACCACCCACUACAACUACGCCAAGCACCUGGAGGCAACCGGGCAGCAGAGCCUGGCACUCACCCACUAUGAAAAGUCAGACACACACAGGUUUGAGGUACCUCGAAUGCUCUCUGAAGACUUACAAGCACUGGAGAACUACAUCAACAAGAUGAAAGACAAGAGCCUGUGGAAGUGGUGGGCACAGUACUUGGAGAGCCAGUCAGACAUGGAGUCCGCAUUAAAAUACUAUGCACUGGCUCAGGAUUAUUUUUCCCUAGUCCGCGUUCACUGCUUUCAAGGCAACAUUGAGAAGGCUGCUGAAAUAGCCAAUGAAACGGGGAAUGGGGCAGCCUCCUAUCACCUGGCACGCCAGUACGAGAGUCAGGAGGACAUCAAGCAGGCCGUGCACUUCUACAGCCGGGCCCAGGCGUUCAACAACGCCAUCCGCUUGUGCAAGGCGAAUAAUUUAAAUGAUCAGCUGAUGAACCUGGCUCUCCUGAGCUCACCAGAAGAUAUGAUAGAGGCAGCCUGCUAUUAUGAGGAAAAGGGGGAUCAAAUGGACAGAGCUGUUAUGUUAUACCACAAGGCAGGACACUUCUCCAAAGCCCUGGAGCUGGCCUUCGCCACACAGCAGUUCGGGGCCCUGCAGCUCAUUGCUGAGGACCUGGAUGAGAAAUCCGACCCAGUCCUGCUCGCCCGCUGCUCCGGCUUCUUCAUUGAACAUGCUCAGUAUGAGAAGGCAAUGGAGCUGCUGCUCACAGCCAAGAAGUACCACGAAGCUCUGCAGCUCUGCCUGGAGCAGAACCUAACCAUCACCGAGGAGCUGGCUGAGAAGAUGACAGUCUCCAAGGAAUCCCAGGAUCUCUCUGAGGAGUCCCGGAGAGAGCUGCUGGAGCAAAUUGCUGACUGCUGCAUGAGACAAGGCAACUACCACAUUGCCACCAAGAAAUACACACAAGCAGGAAACAAGUUAAAGGCUAUGAGGGCAUUACUGAAAUCUGGAGAUACUGAGAAAAUUAUCUUCUUUGCGGGAGUUUCCAGACAGAGAGAAAUUUAUAUCAUGGCAGCCAACUACCUGCAGUCACUGGAUUGGCGCAAGGACGCAAAGAUUAUUGCGAAUAUCAUCAGCUUCUACACCAAAGGAGGGGCCCUUGACCUCCUGGCAGGUUUCUAUGAUGCAUGUGCUCAGGUAGAAAUCGAUGAGUAUCAGAACUAUGAAAAAGCGCACAGAGCACUGGCAGAAGCAUACAAGUGCCUUUCCAAAGCAAAGGUCAGAAGCCCUGUGGAACAAGAAAGCAAACUUGGUCAACUGCAGAGCAGGAUGAGUCUGAUGAAGCGGUUCAUCCAUGCUCAGAGAGUUUACCCUGAAGACCCUGAAGAAGCAGUCAGGCAGUGUGAGCUGCUCCUGGCUGAACAGGACUUUGACAGUGCCGUCCGGCAUGGCGACGUCCUGGGAUUUUUGGUUCAGCAUUAUGCACAAGUGGAGGAAUUCCAUACAGCUUAUCGCUACCUGGAAGAGAUGCAGAGAAGAAUUCCAGCCUCAAACCUGAGCUACUAUGUGUCCCCACAGACCAUGGAGGCUGUGCACCGAGGAGCUGGUGUUCCCAUGAGCCAAGCCCAGGCCACAGCACACUCUGGCCAUGGCAGCAUGGACAACAGGGAGGAGGAAGAAGUGGCUGAUGAAGUGGAGGAGCCCUGACAAUGAACAUUUACCAAAUGCAAAGCUGACUUUAUUAUCAGCUCAUUUAUUCCAUCCUCAUUAGGGGGGCCCAGAUCAAUCACAUGCUGUUGCCACACAGCUUUUUGGUUAUUACCAAGAAAUUUCUUUUUCCUGCUUGACUGUAUAAGCAACAGUAUUAGAGUUAAUAUGUUCUCUCAAGCACAAUAUACGGCAAUUCACAUGUAUAUUCUAUAAGAAAGCUGGUUUUAGUAUUUUAAUAAAUUUGAGGCAGAAAAAUCCA